CCACAGUUGAAUAAGUGAAGAGUGCGGCCCGCCUGCUUGGUGCUGUAAGGCCAUAAGUCAUCAACCACCAAACUAGAAACUCACGAUGUCGACCACAACCACAGUGGAGCUGGUCAACGCACCAACAACACCACUCCCACAAUUCUCAGCUUCCACGUCAACAACAUCGCAGUCACUGAACCAGACUACUGUUUUCCCCGAGAAUGGUCAAAAUGGAGACCUUUCAAAGGGUAAAACCAUGGUUGUCAUCUCCUCAGUGACCUGUAUUACAGGCAUUAGCUCCCUUCUAGCCGGCAUAGUUACUGUUUGCAUUCCGGCCAUGGCUCGAGAUGUUCAUCUUGAUGGCAACCUUCUCUUAUGGCCUGCCUCUGUUUACGCCUUGACCUGCGGAUGCACACUCCUGCUAUCUGGCGCCAUGGCCGAUCUCUACGGUGCUCGAACACUCUAUCUUAUGGGAUGUUUCUUGCAAUCAGUCUUCACCCUUGCCUGUGGGCUGGCGAACACGGGAAUCCAGCUCAUCAUGUUCCGUGCCUUUGCCGGAAUUGCCAUCUCCAUGUGCCUCCCCUCCGCCGUUAGUAUCAUAACGCACGCGUUCCCCAUGGGCAAGAGAAGAAACAUCGCCUUUGCAUCGAUGGGCGGAGGCCAACCAAUUGGGUUCUCUGUUGGACUCAGUGUUGGAGGUGUGUUCACAGAUACGAUUGGCUGGAGAUGGGGAUUCCACAUCGCCGCAAUCAUCAACACAAUCAUCUUCCUUAUUGCACUGAAGUGGUUGCCUGGCAUCGGCAAGAGAGGGCCGGUCACUUGGCACAGGUUCAGGACCGAGGUUGACUGGGUUGGAGCAUUCCUCGCCAGUGCCUUCCUCUCAAUGGUCUCUUAUGUGCUUGCUGCGAUCACCGACAGCACUCAGGACAUCAAGAAACCAGAGAAUAUCGCGCUGCUCGCCAUCUCUGCCGUGUUAAUCGGCGGGUUCGUUGCCUGGGUCGAAAGACAAGAGCGCUUGGGUAAACCAGCCAUUAUCCCAAACUCACUCUGGAAGAACCGCAGCUUCACUUGCAUCUGCAUCAGUGUCUUCAUGGUAUGGGGUGCCUUCAACGCGACCGAGCAGCUCAGCUCGUUUUACUUCCAAUACGUGCAGCGGCUCACCGCAAUCGACACAUCGGUGCGCUUCCUGCCGGCCCCCGUGGGCGGAGUCCUGGCCAAUAUCGUCGCCGGUCUCGUGGUCCACCGCGUCCGGGCAGACCUAGCGAUUCUCAUCGCCGUCGCCCUGGCGUGCCUGUCGCCGCUAUUGAUGGCGAUCGCUGACCCCGCGUGGUCUUAUUGGAUCUGCGUGUUCUGGGCAAUGUUUAUGAACGCUAUUGGCGCUGACACGUUAUUCACAAUCUCUAAUCUGCUGAUCACAUCGCUGUUUCCGGCCAAGAAGCAGGCCGUGGCCGGAGGGGUAUAUAACGCCAUUGCCCAAAUCGGUAAAAGCGUAGGGCUGGCUUCAUCGGGCGCCAUUGCGAGUGCCGUGACUGCCCGGUCGAACCUCGCCGACAAGGAGAGCCCGAUGGCGUUGUUGGAGGGUUACCGGGCGUCGUUUUGGUACUGCUUUGCGCUUUACGGCGCAACCUUGUUUGUGACGGUUUGGGGACUCAGAAAGAUCGGCAGAGUGGGUGUCAAAAAGGAGUAAAUAGGAAACCGAGAAAAGGGAAUUGGGGGAACCACCGGGGCAACGGGGCAAACGGGUUGAUGAGUAACCCUCCCCGUUCCUCUCCAGCCAGAAGCUUCUCGCUUUGCGAGAUGACCAACAGAGUUUCAAGUGAC